GUUUCAGCACCAUGGAUAGCGACACUCGCAACCAGACAGCGGCCGACCGUUCAUUCGAGAUACACAUUUGGAUUUGUUUUAUAAAUUAUUUUUAACUUGCUAAAGCACUGCUAAAACAACGUAGGCUAUUGUCUAAUCUCAAUUUUGGGAAAUGUGGGCAUGGGAAGUGUUAGUGCUUUUUUCUUGAAUAUUUACAUAUGCGGCUCACUUUGGUUUGAUUUAGACUAGAAUAAUCAGAGGGUAUUAGGAGGGUGUGGAUGUCUGUGUUCAUAACUCUGUGCGUAAAAACGGUGUGGACCAGUUGGUUGAGAAAGGAAAGCGAGGUUUAAUGGUGUGUGAGUGAAAGGUUAAGGGCGGAGGGAGAAGGUGAUAGGGAAGAGAGCUACGCGCUCAAGCGGGAGUGCGCGCGGGAAGCAAAUCGGUCGGAGCUUGGAGCCGGGAGGAUGGAGAUCCGACCAGAUAGGUUUAAGAUCGUCGCGGGCAAGACCCUUGGUAAAUUACACAAAAUCCUAGAGAAGCGGCAGGAAAAUGGCGAGACAAUCGAGCUCACCGAUGAGGGUCAGGCAGUUAUCGUGGAGGAGAAGGAGAUGCCCGUGGUGGACUGCACCUGUUUCGGCCUGCCCCGACGCUACAUCAUCGCCAUCCUCUCUGGCCUGGGCUUCUGCAUCUCCUUCGGUAUCCGAUGCAACUUGGGCGUUGCCAUCGUCAGCAUGGUCAACAACCAAACCAUCUACAAGGGCGACAAGCCGAUUCUUGUGAAAGCUCAGUUCAACUGGGAACCAGAAACGGUCGGAAUGAUCCACGGGUCAUUCUUCUGGGGAUACAUAGUAACCCAAAUACCCGGGGGAUUCAUCUGUCAAAAAUUUGCAGCCAACAGAGUCUUUGGUUUUGCCAUAGUGGCCACCUCAUGCCUGAAUAUGUUGAUCCCAUCGGCAGCACGAACUCACAUUGGAUGCGUUAUCCUUGUCAGGAUAUGUCAAGGACUCGUGGAGGGUGUUUCAUACCCAGCAUGCCACGGCAUCUGGGCAAAAUGGGCCCCGCCUCUUGAAAGAAGUCGAUUGGCCACAACAGCCUUUUGUGGGUCCUAUGCAGGAGCCGUGAUAGCCAUGCCACUGGCUGGAGUGCUAGUCCAGUACUCAGGGUGGUCAUCUGUCUUCUAUGUCUACGGCAGCUUUGGGAUCUUCUGGUAUCUCUUCUGGAUCCUGGUGUCAUACGAGAGUCCGGCAGCCCACCCUACCAUCACAGAAGAGGAGCAGAAAUACAUUGAGGAGGCAAUCGGAAUGUCAGCCGCGAAUGCCACACCUGUUACGAAAUGGAACACGCCUUGGAGAGCCUUUUUCACUUCGAUGCCGGUCUACGCCAUCAUCGUGGCCAAUUUCUGUAGAAGCUGGACCUUCUACUUGCUCCUCAUCAGCCAACCUGCAUAUUUUGAGGAAGUGUUCGGGUUCGAGAUCAGCAAGGUGGGCUUGGUGUCGGCGCUCCCCCAUCUAGUGAUGACCAUCAUCGUGCCGAUCGGGGGCCAGCUGGCUGACUACCUGCGCACAAACAAAAUCAUGAGCACCACCAAUGUCAGGAAGAUGAUGAACUGUGGAGGUUUCGGAAUGGAAGCCACCCUACUGCUAGUGGUCGGGUUUUCUCAUACGAAAGCUGUGGCUAUCACCUUUUUGGUUUUGGCUGUGGGCUUCAGUGGGUUCGCUAUUUCAGGCUUUAAUGUGAACCAUCUGGACAUUGCUCCCCGCUAUGCCAGUAUCCUCAUGGGCAUCUCCAACGGUGUGGGCACUUUGUCUGGCAUGGUGUGCCCGCUCAUUGUUGGCGCCAUGACCAAACAUAAGACGCGGGAAGAGUGGCAGUAUGUGUUUCUCAUUGCUGCACUCGUUCAUUACGGCGGUGUUAUAUUCUAUGGACUUUUUGCCUCCGGAGAAAAACAGUGGUGGGCAGAGCCCGAGCAACUUAGCGAUGACAAGUGUGGAAUUCUGGAUGAGGAUGAGCUGGCCAAUGAGACGGAGGAGUUGUACCGUACUAGCGGAGGAGGAGGCUACGGAGCAACGAGCCAAGCCCCGGAUCCCAAUGGAGGAGGAGGAGGAGGAGGAGGAGGAGGAGGAGGAGGUGCAGGAACCUGGGUUUCAGACUGGGACAAGACUGAAGAGCUAGUACAACCACCAGGAACCAAUAGUUACCUACAUGGAGGAGAGGAAGACAGGGAGCUAACAUAGAGGAAGUUACAGGGUGGGGUAGCAGACAGAACGAGUACGUAAAAGAGUGAAAAGUUUCCUUGUGGCACAGGAUCUUGGAAAGGGGUGGAUUAGGUAGAUGGGAUGAGGGCAAGGAGCGGAAGAGGGGGAGGAGGAGGAGGAAGGAAAGCCAGCAUGUCCAUAGUAUUAUUUAUGGGGAACUGAAAAUGAUUGUACAAAAGUGGAAAGAGGAUGAGCCAUAGCUGUACUAAGCGUGUGUAUGUGAGUGUGUUUUUGCAUUUGUGAACCGUGUGUGAGACAUUCUCACUAAAGAGUAUUUUAGGGCACCAAUGCUUCUUUGUCGAUACAGGUACACCUCUUAUUGAAGAGGGAUAUUUUUAGGCCUAGUUUGGUUGCUUUCAUUCACAGUGUGUUUACUGUAACCCACCAUAUGGGUUGUUUGAAUAUAUUCCAUCAUGAGGAUGAGCCUGAUUUUUGUUACCAUGUUUGUCACAAGACUACCUGUAGAUCUACAACUGAAUGCCAUAUACUAUAUCACAGUCUGGUGGCUAACAAUCAACAUGUUAAUUCAAUCCAUGAUAACGUUCACACUUUUAAGAAAAAGCAUCUUACUUGUGCCAAUAAGUAGUAUUGGUUUGCUUAAUCUGGAGAGACGCAGUCCUAAAAAAUUCCAAAGUUAUUGACUUACGGCAUUGUACCAGUUUAUCUGUAAGUCUGUUCACUAUUCCUUCCACCAGUAUCAGUUCAAUGAGUACAAUUUUCAAUUCUAGCGAAUUGUCCACGAAUUGUAUACAUUAGGCCUCGAACCUGUCUGCCUGGUUGAAAAGGAUUGAGAUGUUGCCUUGGAAAUAAUUACAAGGGAUGUGGUUUUAGACAAAUAGUCAGAAGGAUGAGAAAAAUAGUUGCGCCAAAAGACCAACUCAGAAACAUCACCCAAUCCAAGUUCUGCAAAAUAUAGUGAAAGACGUUUAUUGACAGGUAAUACUGGUAUUUGACAGGUAUAUAUUUCACAUACAGUUGUUAGACUCUUCGGUUUGACUUUAUAUAAGACUGUAUGUAUGAAGGUGUUUUGGGAAAUGGAGAAUUGCAUAAAACGUAAUAGUAUUGUUCUAUAACAAGUCUUGAUUCUGUAUGUACACUGUAUUCUCCACCUCCAAUAGACUUGUACCUAUGUUAUUGUAGCUUUGUAUUGAUUUCCACAGUUUGUCUUGCCGGGGUCACGCUUGAUAUAUUGUGAUGUCAGUGCGCUCGUGCCCGAAGAACCAGUUUGCAGGCACCAAGGAACCCCCCAAAAAAAAACACACACGCCAGCCUGUGCCCACCGUCACAGUGACUAAGCAAUAACACACGGAGGGAGAGAGGCUGUGGGGUCAUGAUCCCAAAGAGCGCCCACCACGACCCUAUCAAUCACUCAUCCAAACCAGUCAAAUAGUGACUGCUUUGAAGGGCAAAAUGGUGCAUGAAGCUAUAUACCAGUCAAUGGUUGACAGUACAUUUCAAACAUGAUAUUGAUGUAGCCGCUGGCUCCCUCCAAUGCAGGGUCGUGUUCAUUAAGCACCAAAAGAAGAAGAAAAACGGACUGAAACAGGGAGGGACUACCUCGACUUAUGAAAUACACGACCCUGGUGUCCAUACAGAGCAGAGAAGGGGAACCGGAGAUCUCUCUCUCUCUCUCUCUCCCAUGGAGGAAUAUCCCUCUCACCAACCCCUCCCUUUACUUAUAUAGUCUGCACUGAAGUGUAACUCUGGAUAUACUUAGAAUCGUCGGUAAAGGCUAUAUUUUUACGCACUUAGUCAAAAAGCAAUAACUAAUGAAUUAUGUAUGUCACUGAACAUGUUGAAUUUCUGUACAUAAAUAAUAACUUUACUGGUAAGCUUUUUGAGUUGUUAAGUUAGCCUUAGAGCCCUAAGAUAAAACCCAUGUUUUCAUUGCUAAAGCAGAGUGGUGUCUCACUUUCAGACUUAGAUCAAAUAUGGCAAAAACGUAUUUUGAGGUACACUUGAUUUUGCACUUUUGGGACAAUUUCAUUGGCUCUUCUGUACCAGGCAAACUAAAUCAAGUGCAGCUUAAGUAUUUAAACGUUUUUUUUUUUUACCUACAUAUUUCACCCAGGUCUGAUCACUUCGACUGACGAGUUUGUUUCAGUCAUUGGCGAUAAACAAUAUUAGUCUUUCACAGUCCUGGAAAGGACGAAUAUUUACUGUUUGGGUUUUUACUGUGGUUGUGUUUUUGUUGAUUUUUUUUUAUAGACUGUCAGCUGCUUUCAUUCUUUAACAGUUUGGUUUUGUUCUUUACUGUAAAAUGUAAAAUUGUGUAUGUAAAAAAAAAAAAACAUGUACAUGUGGAAAAAAAUAUUGUAUAAUAAAAGCUAGAGGACAAUAUUAUUACCACUAUAUUAUUACUAUUAUCAUUACUACUGCUAUUACCAACAUCAUUA